CGAAGAUACCUCAAUUAAACCAAAAAAGAAAAAGUUAUAAUGUGCGUAGGGUGGCGGGAAAAUGGGCGGAGACACCUUCGGUGAAGAAAAGUGUACGGAGGAAGUUUCUCCCUAGUCUCCCACUCUAUUCUCUCUCACUCAACUAACUGUCUUAAUCGCUGCGAUCAUUACGCUGCCAACCAUUCCCAUACUCGCCGAAUGGGUCGAACCAAAACCACCGCAAAACCCGACCCCCUCACCGAACCCGCUUCUCCCCUUUCCCUUCCUCCGCCGCUUCGCAGACGGAGCCUCCGCCUCUCACCCGCUCCCAAUUCCGAACCUCCCGCCGCCACUAGGGUUUCCACCGCCAAGGGGAAGAAAAACCCCAAAACGAUGUCGUCUAACGGCGAUGAAGAUGGUAAUAAAAUUGGAAAGGGUUUUCUCAACUUGCGUUCUGGCAAGAAGGUUCUCAAGCGAGGAGAAACCACCACCACAACCACCACCGCCGCCGAUGAUGAUGAUGAUGAUUCACUGGGAAGCAGUAAGAAAAGGAAAAUCGAAGAAGAGGAACAAACCGAUGAAGGGGGAAAUGACGAGUUAACCGCCGGGAAGAGUCAUGUUGAUGAUGAAGGUGAAGGAGAAGGAGAAGGAGAAUCAAGUCAAAGGAAACCACCACCACUCAGCAGAGAAGAGAAAGGGAAGACUAUACUGGUUGUGGAGAACAAAGAAGAAGAAGAUGAAGAAUCCAUAAUGGAGGUAAACAACUUUGUUAUAAACGAUUCACCGGUAUCUGUUCCAAUUCCAGUUCCUGUGCCAGUUCCAGAACAAGCUAGAAACUCUGCCGCGGCGAGAGAAAACGGUGCCAGGAGGAACGAGGUAAUGGAACGCUUCCGUGACAUAGCGAGGGAAAAUGCGUCUCGUUUCGCGCAUUUUGCAUCGGACGGAGAAGAUGAUGAUGGUGACCGUUCAUCUGUGGAGCCUGAAGAGGAGCUUGAGAAUGAGGAUUGGCCUGGUCCGUUCUCAACUGCCAUUAGGAUUAUCAGGGAUCGAGAGAACAAGGGCGACAUUCAGACGGGUUUCGCUGCUUCUUCCCAGGCUAGCUUGAUCGAUUCAAUCAAAUGGGUUCCUAGAACAACGAGUUCGGAGGAGCGCGAGGAUGCCACCGCGAGGUUUAAUGUCCCGUCGUUGCAGGAGAUGUGCUUACAAAUUCUGUCCAGGAAUGUUGAUGCCAUUGUGUCGCUUGAGAGUGUACCGGAUGCUCUGAGGCACAGGCUUAGCCACUUGUUGUGUGACUCCAGAAGGAUCAAUGACCACUUUCUUGAGCUGCUCGUUGGUGGUGCUCCCACGGAGAUUCGGCUGAGAGAUUGCUCGUGGCUGUCGGAGGAACAUUUUACCAAGUGCUUUCAGACUUGUGACACUACGAAUUUGUUGGUACUGCAACUUGACCAAUGUGGGCGCAGUUUGGCAGAUUAUGUAAUAGUUGCUACUCUGGCACAGUCACCGAGGCAGUUGCCUAGAUUAGUUAGUCUAUCCGUGAGUGGUGCAUGCCGUCUUUCAAAUGUGGGCUUGCGUGCACUCAUUUCUUCUGCUCCAGAACUUAGAUCACUCAAUCUCAACCUGUGCUCGCUUCUCACAUCUGAUAGUAUUGAUAUUAUAGCUGAAUCAUUAAAAUCUGUUCUGAAAGAGUUGUACCUUGAUGAUUGCCAAGGCAUGAGUGCUGCACUGGUCGUGCCAGCACUGGUGAAGCUUGAACAUUUAGAAGUGUUGUCAGUAGCUGGUAUUCAAACCUUUAGUGAUAAAAUUCUCAAGGAUUACAUUAUUGCACGUGGUCACAACCUGAAAGAGCUUGUUCUGAAAGGCUGUAUAAACUUGACUGACCGCUCAAUCAAAGUCAUUGCUGAACACUGCCCUGGAUUAUGUGUUCUUGAUCUUAUGAACUUGGGCAAAUUAACAGAUUUGUCUAUAGGAUAUCUUACUAAAGGUUGUCGCUCACUUCAUACACUGAAGCUUUGCCGUAAUCCAUUCAGUGAUGAAGCAAUUGGUGCAUUUGUGGAGACCUCUGGAGAGUCAUUGAAAGAACUGUCGCUUAAUAACAUUAAGAAGGUUGGUUACCACACAGCCAUAUCACUUGCAAGACAUGCAAAAAAUUUGCAUACUCUUGAUCUAUCUUGGUGCCGAAAUUUGUCAGACAAUGCGCUGGGUUUUAUAGUAGAUAGCUGCUUGUCGCUGAAGUUACUUAAACUUUUUGGAUGCACUCAGGUAACAGAUGUUUUUGUUAAGGGCCACUCAAAUAUGCAGAUCCAGAUAAUUGGUUUGAAGAUGUCUCCUGUUUUGCAACAUGUGAAAGUGCCGGAUCCUCAUCAAGCUGCUUUGAAUUAUUCCUCAGUCACAGUUGAUUUAGUAUAGACUCAGAAAAUGGAGCAUACGAAUAGUAGCAUAUCCGUUCAAGAUAUUUUUGACUUUUUGUCAUUUUAGGUACUUGUAUGCCGAGCAUGACGUUACACAGUAUCUUGUUAAAAAAGGCCUGUAACGUUUAUGUAAUAUGUACUUAACUUAUUGACUCAAAUAUUUAUGUAAUCUAAGGGAAGUUAUUUUGUCAGUUUAACUCGCAGUCAAGUGCUGUCUGUUGUACAAUUGGUCCAGUUGACCUGUUAUUCUUAUUUUCUCACAUGCUGAUAUUUAAAUCAGUAUA